UGCGAAAUAGCUGCUGCUUCAGUAGAAACUCAACAUCUAUAUAGUCUUUCUCUCCCAUCUUUCUUGUCCAUUAGCAUUUUAUCUUUUGACAGGACCACAAGUCGAUUAGAAUAGUUCCUUUCCACUUCGGAGUUCUACUAAAAGCGCCUUUACAUUUAACAACUAACCAAUUCAGAAACAGUGACUUAAAAAUGGCUGAUUCAAAGUUCUUUCUUCCGGUGGAAUCGAAAUAUACAGGAAAAUACUUGGAUGUUCUCUUGUUCAAAUAUAUCAACGACAGUAUAAUUGGGAAAGAUCUGACUGUUCAAGGCCCCUAUGGACCAGUGAAAAUUGUUUACUGUGAUUUUACAGCUUCUGGUCGGUGCCUUACCUUCAUUGAAGAUUAUAUUCGACAGUAUGUGAUGCCAUUUUAUGGUAACACUCACACAACAACAAGUAUUAAUUCUCGACAGACUACUCUUUUCAGGGAUGAUGCUAGAAAUAUAAUCAAGGAAUGUGUUAAUGCUUCCAAUGAUGAUGUCGUAAUAUUUACUGGAAAUGGCUGCACGGGAGCUAUUCAUAAAUUAAUCGGUGGUUUGAACCUAAAGAAUUCACCUUCUCUUAAAAAAACUGUAGCUAUCAUUGGUCCCUAUGAGCACUAUUCUAAUAUGUUGCCAUGGAUGGAACUGGGUGUGCCAAUCUGCCGUGUAAAGGAAACUAAUCAUGGUCUGAUCGAUAUGGAUCAUUUGGAACAAGAACUAAAGAAAUGGAGUAAGAAGUCCUUUGAUAUUAUUGUGGCAUUUUCAGCUGCUAGCAAUGUAACCGGAAUAGUAACUGACACAGAAAACGUUGCCAAACUUGUCCAUAAAUAUGGUGGAUUAUCAUUUUGGGAUUAUGCUACAUCAGCACCUUAUGUGGAUAUUGACAUGAAUCCCCAAGGCGAAACUGCAUAUAAAGAUGCUGUCUAUCUGAGCCCACAUAAGUUUGUCGGUGGACCUGGAACUCCUGGUCUUCUUAUUGCCAAGACCAAGCUUUUCAAGAAUCCUGUUCCUGAUAGUGUUGGUGGAGGGACAGCAUUGUUUGUCACACGAGACACUCACCUAUACCUUAAAGAUAUUGAAAGCCGUGAAGAAGGAGGAACACCUGGUAUCAUUGAAACUAUUCGUGCUGGACUGAUUUUCCAGUUGAAAAGGAGUGUUGGUACAGACAAUAUUGGCCUUCGGGAUGAAGAUUUAUGUUCGAGAGCCUUUAAAAAGUGGGAAAAGAACAAAAACCUCAUAAUUCUUGGAAGUCAUUCAAGUAAGAGGUUACCAAUUUUUUCCUUCAUUGUAAAACAUGAAGAUGGCAAAAAACUUCUGCAUCAUAACUUUGUGUCUGCUGUUCUCAAUGAUAUGUAUGGUAUCCAAGCUCGAGGAGGCUGUGCAUGUGCAGGACCUUAUGCAAUAGAUCUUCUAGGGAUUUCUGAAGAGCUUUUUGCAAAAUUUUCCUGGUUUUUAAAGGAUCAUGAGGAUUUAGAAACAGGAUGCAAAAAAUGUGAAACAACAACCCUGGAAAUUAUGAGACCAGGAUUUGUGCGGUUAAAUCUGCCCUAUUUUUAUGAUGACCAGACGAUUGAUUACAUCAUCGAUGCUGUGGAUACAGUGGCAACACAUGCCUGGAAAUUUCUGCCAUAUUAUAACUGCAAUGCUCAUAAAGGUUCUUGGACCCAUGAAAAAUUUUCCAGUCAAUUUGGUGAAGCUUUUUUUAAUCUUGAAGAUAUUGCAUAUGAAUAUGGAACUUUUGUGAACAAAAACAAAUAUCCAACAUCUUUAGAUAUUAAUUAUGAUUUAAAGGAUAUUGCUAAUGACAUGAAGAUUAUUAUCAAUUCAACAGAGAAGCUUCUUGCGAUGCAAGAUGACACACACAAAGAUAACAUUGAAGAUCACAUCCCGAGGAUAAAAAGAGUCUGCUUUGGUUUCUUACACCUCGGGAAGCCGCAUCAUAUUUGAUCAAAGGAGACUAUUCUUCUAUAAAUGACGUAGAAAAUCCCAGUUCAAGCGAUAUGGUCUUUCUACCUCGAACCCUAUCUCAGAGAAAACUUAGCAUUGACCCAGUCUACCUAAAAUCUUGUGAAGCCUUACACAAGUGAAGUAAUUGUCUUGGCUUUUCUGGUUUUAUCGAGAGAAGAGCAAAUCUGAAAGUAUUACAAAUGGAAAACUAGUUAAAACUAAAUGCCAUGGUUAUAAUUCCUUAACUCGUUAGUAGAACAACAAUAACCUUCAGAUAUACUACCACAUAUAAUGGUUUAUUCACUGCAUGUUAUAUACUAUUUCAUGAUUAAAACUAAAUACCACGA